GCCUUUACGUAUCAAUUAGUGCGUAGACGCAAUAGACGUGAACGUAGUGCUGGUGAGCAUGUAUGAAAUACACGCGAGGUGGGAAGGGGAAGCGCAUUGUUGACAGGUGGACGGAAAUAUUUCCCCCAUAGCACAGAGGAGAUAUGGAUUUAAAUAAAACGGUGCUGUGCGAGAGCCUGAUUAUUUGGCUGCAAACCUUCAAAACUGCAGCCCCCUGUAAGACAGUGAAGGAUCUGACCUCAGGGGCAGCCAUGUCUCAGGCUCUGCAUCAGAUAGAUCCUUCAUGGUUCAAUGAGAGCUGGCUGGCCCGCAUUAAAGAGGAUGUUGGAGAUAAUGUGAGACUCACGAUGAACAAUCUAAAAAAGAUCCUGCAGAUGAUUGUUGAUUAUUAUAAUGAGGUUUUGGCUCAGCAGAUCACAGAUUUCCCUCUGCCUGAUCUGGUGCGUGUGGUAGAGCAGUCUGAUCAGGUAGAGCUGGGACGCCUCCUGCAGCUCAUCCUGGGGUGUGCAGUCCAAUGUGACAGGAAACAAGAUUAUGUCCAGAUUAUCAUGAUUUUGGAGGAAUCUGUACAGCAUGUGGUGAUGACUGCUAUUCAGGAGCUUAUGAGCAAGGAGACUGUGUCUAAAUUAGGAACAGAAUAUCCUGGAGAUUUUGAAAAACAGUUAAAGAAAGCCUUGGAGGAUCUGACUGAAGUCAUGGCAGAGAAAGAAGAGUUGGCACAGCGCUGUCAGGAGCUCGACAUGCAGGAGAAAGAGAGGAUCAGCAUUGAGCGGGACACUCUCAGAGAGACUAAUGAAGAGCUGCGAUGCACUCAGGCCCAACAGGACCAGCUAUUACACGCAAGAAAGUAUCAAACAGGAAGUCCAAGCCAUGAUAACCUGGCAGCUGAGAUGUUGCCCAUUGAGUACAGGGAGAAGUUCAUUCGUCUGCAGCAUGAGAACAAGAUGUUGCGGCUGCAGCAGGAGGAGUCAGAGAAUGAGCGCAUAACUGAGCUGCAGGAGCUGCUGGAGGAGGCCCGGCGCGGACGUAGCCAACUGGACACUGAGAACAGGUUAAACAGAGAAAGAAUCGGUGAACUCCAGCAGCAGGUAGAGGAUCUGCAGAAGGCCUUGCAGACACAAGGAGCCAAACCUGAAGAUUCUCAUCUGAAAAGGAAGCUGGAUGCUCAUAUGGUGCAACUGAAUGAAGCACAAGAUGAAAUCAUGAAGAAGAAAGAGCUGUUGGAGGACCUCCAGCCAGAUGCUACUCAAACCAGUGUGAAGAUGGAUGAGCUGGUUGCAGCACUGAAGAAGAAAGAUGAGGACAUGAGAGCGAUGGAGGAUCGAUACAAGAUGUACCUGGAGAAAGCCCGUGAUGUGAUACGAGCUCUGGAUCCCAAGCUAAAUCCAGCCUCAGCAGAGAUUCAGUCACUGAAAGCGCAGCUCUCUGAAAAAGAGAAGAAGAUCAUUGCUCUGGAGCGGGAGUGUGAGCAGGCCAAACUGAGGGAAUAUGAAGAGAAGUUAAUUGUGACAGCUUGGUAUAAUAAGAGUUUGAACUUCCAGAAGAUUGCAAUCGAGUCACGGCUUAGCGGGCGAUCCAACUCUCUAGUGCCACCCGGCCAGUCCUUCCUGGCUCAGCAACGUCAGGUGACCAACGCCCGGCGCACCAUGUCCAUCAACAUGCCUGCCACUUCUUCCAAGUAACCUUGUCCUCAGUACCUCCCAGCUUCCAGCUCUUCUCCUUCU